AUGUCUAUGGCCACCCUGAUGAUCAGCACAGGGCAGGCACAAGCGCUGGCGCAGCACCUCACCCCUGCGCAAAGGAAACAUCUACCAGUCAGUAUCCUCCCUAAACCAAACCCCAUAGCCCUACCCAAAAAGACCGCUCCCGCUCCUAAACCCUCUCCUCCCGAACAAACCACGUCCCAACACCCAUCUGCCCCACCCAAGCGCAUCAAAGACGUGGUUAAAAGUGCCAGAAAGCACAAAACCACCGUCAGGCGCAAGCAAACCAAGAAAGCGUCAUCCAUCCCACCGCCCACCACCAAGGCACGUACACCCUCCCCCUCCGGGAGCGGUGACGAGUCAGACUGCCCCCUCGUCAUCGACGAAUACCGCGAGACCACCUCCGCAGGCACCGAUGGCGAUGGCUUCCAGAAAGCGCGAAAAACCGCCCGCUUACCCGUCACUCAGCAGGCGAGAGGCAUUGCUUCCACAAGCAAUAAGUUCCUGCCGCUGUCUGACGAGGACGAAGCGGUGCCCGCGAGCGGACCCUAUGGCGGGGAGCCGUGGGACGCCGCCAUCUUGGCUCCGGGAAGUCCUUCGGGCUCGCAAGGUCAGGCGCGGCUGCCGGUGGUUGGUCCGCUGCGCGUGCCGGCGGGGCCGGGAAGGCUCGCGCUGAUUGGCCCGCAACGCGCUGGGUCGCUGCAGGGAGGGGAGCCUGGCGCUGCAGGGGUGCAGCGGCCGGGACUACCUGCCUGCGCGGCAGCGCUGUGGGCGGGGCAACGGCGCUUUGUCCUGCAGAUGGGCCAGCUGCCGGCUGGGCUGCGGUGCCCCAUGGACCCAAAUAAUAGCUGCCUAACCGCCAAAGAGGAUGUUGUCCCGACAGAUCGCACUCUGUCGGCGGCAGCAUCCGCCACACCACCCGCCUACAGCGAUACCGCGUCCACGGUCGGCGCUUCUUGCGCCCCCUCAGGCUACCACCCCAUCUCUGCAGUUGAGCUGUUCGUGAUUAUGAAUCGCGCAGCAAAGCCAACAACACCCGCAGAAAAAGAGGCCGCGGAAAAGGCGUACAAACUUUUCGUGCGCCACGAAUUAAGCGCCGCCCUGGCACAGCUGCCGCCAACAGAGGCUUCGUAUCUGCUGAGUGGACUGCCGCGCUCGGCCUUAGAAGAGGUGAUUGUUCCGCCGGGAGUCCUGCCGGGUGUAGCAACCCAAGACGCUGCUGCCCCGGCGGAGGCGGCCCCGAGUGGUGUUGCGUCACCAGACGUGGCUACUCAAGAAGCCAGUGCUCUGCUGAUCGCCCCAACGGACAAUUCCAGUGAAGAAGCCGCUAGUGCGCCAGUCCUCGCCGUGCAGGGACUGACUGACAGCGACCACCCAAACCCAACACGGCACCCAACAACGCCAGUUCUACUAGAAAUUCCUGAAGCCAACCUGGGGACACUUCUAUCGGCAGAAAUGCCGAUGGAUGCGCAACAGGCAUCACGGAAACGACCAGCCACCUCCGACUCCGAGGAACAAACUGCAGCAACCGCGCCUGAAGGGCGCCAAACAAAAAAGAAGGCUGCUGCUGCAGACGCACCCACAGCGCCCCCUACAGCCGAGGAAGACGGUUUUACCGUACCAAACCGGCGGCACACUGCCAAGCCCAAAAGGCUUGAGAAGGUGCUCGCCCCACUGCCAGCCACAUCAAAUCGGUUCGCAGAGGCAACCGAAGUUGUCAUGGAAGCGGAACCCGCCGCCCCAACACGUAAACAGACACGCCCCCCUCCAGUAAUCGUGACGUGGGACGACGAGUUCAUGGACCUCCGCCGCAUGAUUAAAGAAGUGGUGGAAGUCCUGCAGGAACAGCACACAAGUGCUUACCCUGCUCACACACGUGCCUCAGAUGGCAGUGAGAUGGGAGAUUGCAGGUUGGGGGAGGGCCUUAAGGAAGGAUGGUUUGAUGUUGUCAGGACCAGGGGCUUUUGCAGUGCCGAUUCGCCUGAUGAUAGCAGCAACUACACGCUCGCUGGUCAGUUCGAAGGUCGUGUCGGACCUGGUGCGAAGUCUACGAUGGAGGUGUCGUUCUACCCGCUGUUCCAGGGCGUCUGCUUCGUCCUCGUCGUCCUCUAUGACAUUCUCCCGGAAUUGGAGCUCGAGGGUGUUUGA